AUGCCUCCCAACACUCCUGCACUAGCUGUUGUUUAUGUGAUGCCUCCCAACACUCCUCCACUGACUGUUGUUUAUGUGAUGCCUCCCAACACUCCUGCACUAGCUGUUGUUUAUCUGAUGCCUCCCAACACUCCUGCACUAGCUGUUGUUUAUGUGAUGCCUCCCAACACUCCUCCACUGACUGUUGUUUAUAUGAUGCCUCCCAACACUCCUCCACUGACUGUUGUUUAUGUGACGCCUCCAAACACUCCUCCACUGACUGUUGUUUAUGUGAUGCCUCCCAACACUCCUGUACUAGCUGUUGUUUAUGUGAUGCCUCCCAACACUCCUGCAGUAGCUGUUGUUUAUGUGAUGCCUCCCAUCAGUCCUGCACUAGCUGUUGUUUAUAUGAUGCCUCCCAACACUCCUCCACUGACUGUUGUUUAUGUGAUGCCUCCCAACACUCCUGCACUAGCUGUUGUUUUAUAUUCCUUCAAAUAUGCUGCUGCCAGAGCAUACUCAUCAAGAUAUACUUUCUGGAAUAUAUGUAUACAUGAAGUAUGCUCCUCCUUCAGCGAGACUGUUUACUUCAGGUUCGUGACGUCACCACGAGAGUUGCUGACAGUGUCCAAGGUUGGGAAGGAAGACAGAGCCAUGUAUCAGUGUGUUGUAUCUGGUCACCACUACAACGUCCAGGCAGCAGCACACCUUGCUCUGGGAGAUUCGUCACCAGAGCUGCACUACAAGUUCCAAGAACAGACACUACAGCCUGGUCCGUCAGUGAGUCUCAAGUGUGUGGCUACUGGCAACCCUCCACCACAGUUUCUGUGGUCACUUGACGGCUUCCCACUACCAGAGAGUGAGAGGUUCCUGGUGGGUCAGUACGUGACGGUGCACGACGACGUUAUCUCUCACGUGAACAUCACUCACGUGCGGGUGGAGGACGGCGGUGAGUACACGUGUCGUGCCUCCAACACGGUGGGUGGGGUCAGCCACUCAGCCAAGGUCAACGUGUACGGCAUGCCCUUCAUCCGCCAGAUGAGGCGGGUAUCUGCCGUGGCAGGCUCAGGACUCAGGAUCAAAUGCCCAGUGGGAGGAUACCCCAUCGACAAGAUCAUCUGGGAGAAGGAUGGACGGAUGUUGCCCACAGACAUCCGUCAACGGGUGUUUGACAACGGUACACUGAUCAUCUCUCAGACCCAGCGUGACACUGACGGUGGUCGCUACACCUGCAGGGCCUCUAACAGGCAGGGUCACUCAGCCUCCAGGGAUGUUACUGUCACAGUUACUGGUUGA